AUGCGUAUUCUCUCCACAAAGCUCUUGGCAUUCGUCGCCAUUUCCCCGCUCGUUGCGCUGUCUGCUCCCAUCCAGACACCGCCCACCGUCGACUCACUCUUAGCGCUCGCAAAGGGAAACCCUGUCAUUCUUCUCAAAGACCUCGGACCUGUCGCCACCAGACUCGAUGAACAUAUUAAGGCAAUGGAAGCACACGCGAAAGUCUCUGGAGAAUCCAAGUCCGGUUCACAUCCGCACUCCGGUACAACUCCUCAGGGUUCUUCGACGCCUGAAAGCUCCGCCACGACGGGAGCACCAGAGUCCAAGGCUCCUGGAGCAACUGCACCAGAAGCAACCGGUAGCGCUGCUGGAAGCUCGGGUGGCCCUACUACUCCUGAGGCAACACCAGCUGGAGGUGACCCAGCGCCAGCAGCGCCAGUUCAACGACGGUCCGAGACAUCUGGAAACUCUGAUCCAUCACACUCGCAUCACAAGGCGCACAAGAAUGGACAUAGUGCAAAGUAUGACCCGCAUGUCGACCUCCUCAAGCCAGCAGACUUGCUCAAGCUACACAACCUCAUCACUGAGACCCAGAUUUAUUACGAUGCUAUUGCUAAAAUCGUCCUUGAUGCUGGCAAGAACAUUGAACCUAUUCCUUCUGAUAAAACUGCCGAGGGAUCUGGUUGGGGUAUCAUCAAUGGCCUCACCUUUGGACUCGAAAAGAUCGCAACGUUUGCAAGGGAAAAGGAUGAUUAG